UUAAAUUUUUCACUGUACAUUUUAAGAUUGUGUAUCGUAGUUUUCAUUGUCUAUCUUAGAAGUGUUCUUUAGUGCAUUAUGCAGAAAUUAACUAUUUGUAUUAUAGUUUUUAUUAUUAUGGAAGUAUCAUUGGUCACUCAAGGUCGCCCAUUUCCAGGUGACAGAUCGUCGGAACAGAAAACUGCCAACGAUCCGCCGACAAAACGUUCUACAGGCUUGCUAAAGAAGAUGCAUUCAUUCAGUAGUUGUGGUGGUGGCGGAACCUCGGAUGAGGCAAGUAGUUCAAAACCAACAAAAGAUCCUAAGAGCAAUCCAAAUAAUAUAAUCAGUGUUAACAUCGCUAAUUUUAAAGUUAAUCCGGAAAAAAUUCUUGUAACGCCGAAUGACUUAGAAACGAUUGAAUGACAACAAUCCAAAUUACAGAGAUAUAUUCAGUUAAAAAUACAGCUUUAAAAUAAAUAAACAAAAUUAUAUUGUGUAAACUAUUAGUAAACCAAAC